AAAGGUCCAAGCUUUACAAAAAAAUGGAGGCGAUGAGCUGCUGGUGUGGAAAGGAGAUUCGAAGGCUACACAUGUGUAUUUUGAUGACAUUGUCAACCUUAUCAAGGAGGAAUCAAUACACAGCAAUCUCAUAGAUGCAUAUGCUGAACUGUUGCAUGAACAACAAGAGGUGGUCAACCCAACUUCAGAUGAAGCCUCAUUGAUCUUCACGAGCAUGUGUUUGAAAGUGAUACGAGAGUACCAUCCUCGUAAAAGGAGUAAACACAUUGACGCACAUGUCAGAAACUACCAAGGAGAGAGAUACCUACUAUUCCCAUUGCAUCAUGAGUACCACUGGACGAUAGUUGUGUAUGAUGCUAAAGAAAAUUUGUGGAAGCAUUACAACUCGUUGCGCCCAAGACCAGGCAUACAUGACCCGCAUAUCGACCAAGCACAGGAAAUUAGGAACUACAUUGAGCAUGUUGUGACCGUUAUUGGCGAGUCAUCACCGCUACACACUAAGUUAGCAGGCCAAAAUCCAGCACAACCAACCAAAAGUGUUGAUGUCUGUCCUCAGCAAGGCGACGACUCAGUGGACUGCGGACCUGCAGUAUGUUACAUCAUGCGGGCGCACGUAUAUCAUGAAGAAAUUGUGGGCAGCCUCAGUAGUGCAGAAUGGUGUGGACUACGAGAUUUGUUAGUGCAUAGUUUUUUGAAUCAUAAGAAAUCAGAGCUUCCUUAAAACCUAUAGGUGGGGGGUGUCCACCUACGAACUAA